AUGGUCGCCGAUUCUCCAUCCAUCCUGAAGAUGAAAACAUCUCCGGUCCACACCGAACCCUCCGUGACCACCCGAGUCACAAACCGCAUGCAGCCCUCGACACUUCAAGAGCUUCGACUGGGGACCACCGAGCAAGCAGCGCGCCAUGGCUUUCACGACGAACCCCAGAGGUGGGCCAAUCUGGGCCAAGGCGCACCUGAAGUCGACGAUGAUAUUGAAGGCUGUUUUCCUCGCCCAUCAUCAAUUCCUCUGACCAACAAUGGACGAGAAUAUGGGCCAACAGCAGGCAUUAAGUCUCUUCGAGCCGCCGUGGCAAAGCUGUACAACGACAACUACCGUCAGGGCAAGGCGAGCCAGUACUCGUGGGAGAAUGUCUGCAUUGUGCCAGGAGGAAGAGCCGGGCUGAUCAGGAUCGCUGCUGUCCUGGGUAACGCGUAUCUCGGCUUCUUCAUUCCUGAUUAUACCGCAUACAAUGAGAUGUUGUCCCUGUUUCGCAACUUUGUAGCCAUACCCACACCUUUGUCUGAAGCCGAUGGGUAUCAUAUCCAUGCCGACAAAAUCGCCGACGAGCUGGCACGUGGUACCAGUGUCAUCUUAACCUCGAAUCCUCGCAAUCCAACUGGUCACGCUUUGGAUCCUGAAGAGCUUGCCCUGAUUCAAGAUAUUUGUCGGGACAGAGCGACCUUGAUCUUUGAUGAAUUCUACGCCGGUUACAGGUAUGACACCAACUGCGACGGUAGUACGAUCUCCGCUGCAUCGAACGUUAUUGACGUUGAUCGGGACGAUGUGAUUUUGAUUGAUGGUCUCACAAAGCGCUUCAGACUCCCAGGGUGGAGGGUCGCUUGGAUUGUUGGUCCGAAAGAAUUCAUCAAAGCGCUUAGCUCAUGUGGUAGCUAUCUCGAUGGUGGCUGCAACGUACCGUUUCAGGAGGCUGCCGUCGCAAUGCUUGAUCCUCCGAAGGUCAAGGCUGAAAUGAAGGCCCUUCAAAGUCACUUCAAGACGAAGCGGGAUUACGUUCUCAAGAGACUCGAAGAGAUUGGAUUCAGAUGGAAAGAGCAAAAUGUCCCGCAAUCGACUUUUUACAUAUGGUUGGAUUUGACGUCGCUUGAGCCGCCAUUGCCAAAGAACAGUCCUCUUGACAUCUCCAAUGGACUUUCUUUCUUUGACGCACUGCUCCAAGAGCGAACCAUCGUAGUCCCCGGAAUCUUCUUCGACCUGAACCCAGCAAAGAGACGCGAUCUCUUUGAUAGUCCUUGCCACCAUUUUGUCCGAGUCAGCUAUGGUCCCAAAAUGGAACAGCUAAAGAUGGGGCUUGACGGUAUCGAGAGGGUGGUCAAACGUGCGAGGGGCGAGUUUGGACAAUUUGACACUGCCAUCCACGAUGAGCCUGAGAGCAAGAGUCCUCGCAGCCCGGUUCAGUUCUGGAAGGGAAAGGGACAGGGCGAACACUUCCAAUGA